AUGGAAUCCGCUAUUGCCAACGUUGAUCUCGGCAAGUAUCGGCGAAUUGUUCAACUAUUUUGGGACCCGGAACCAGUCAACGAUCAGCAAUUGGAUCAACCUGUGUGGUGUCUAGGCCGCGUUUAUUCCCUGUCCAGAAAGGACAAACAAGAUGUGCCUACCAAUGCUCGACAUGAGGAUCACAGUGCACACUCGCUUACUAAAAGAUGUGAUAUUUCGUCGAAGUCGAAAGAAGAAAUUCCUGUGGAUCCGUUGGUGGCUAUGGAUACUGUAGAGCUGCCUCUGCAUUCGAACUCCGGAAGCUUUUCAUCUUCUCUGGCAUAUGAAGAACCAAGCCCUGGGGGCACUGGAUGGCCUGCAGCCUUCUUGGAUGAUUUUGCUGCACGAUUUUGGAUGACAUACCGAUCAAACUUUGAGCUCAUUCCGAAGUCGACAGACCCGAAAGCAGCAUCGGCUUUGUCUCUCUCAGUGAGAAUAAAGAGCCAAAUUGUGGACCAGAAUGGCUUCACAUCGGAUAGCGGCUGGGGAUGCAUGAUUCGUUCUGGGCAAAGCUUGCUUGCCAAUGCUAUGGCGUUUUUGGAUCUGGGAAGAGACUGGCGCCGAGGGAUGCUCCCACAUCGCGAACAAGGGCUCCUUGCGCUAUUUGCUGAUGAUCCUCGAGCACCGUAUUCUAUUCACAAUUUUAGAUCUGGUAAACUCACGCAUGGGGGAGUUACGGAUCUAUUCCACGGGCGAUGGGCCUGA